AUGUGUGAAAAAAGGGACUACAGAGAAUUUGUUUGUGGCUGGGGAGCUGCCAACGUCAACAUUCUAUUGACAUUUCCAAUCAACAAACUAAUCUUUCGACAGCAGUUAUUAGGAAUAAGCACAACGACAGCUUUCAAUCAGCUAAAAUCUGAAGGCUAUUGGACAUUGUACAGAGGUGUGCUACCUCCACUCCUUCAAAAAACUACAUCGGUUUCUAUUAUGUUUGGGAUGUAUGAGGAAUUCAAUAAAAAAUUUGAGCAGACACAUCCAGAUAUGCCAAUAGUUGUCAUCCAUACAGCAUCUGCUCUGUUGGCUGGUUGCAUGGAAGCUGUGCUGAUGCCUUUUGAACGAAUUCAAACAUUGUUACAAAACAAAACGUAUCAAGAAAAGUACAAAAACACGAUACAUGCUUUCAGGGAGUUGAGGUGUUUGGGUUUUGCUGAAUAUUACAGGGGACUCACACCAAUCCUUCUUAGAAAUGGUCCAAGUAAUGUUAUUUUUUUUCAAUUCAGAGGUGAAGUCAAAAAAUUUUUGCCAAAGUCAGAUAAAAAAUCAUAUGAAAUAUUCAGCAAUUUUGUCAGUGGAGGGCUACUGGGAGCUGUGAUUAGCACGAUAUUUUAUCCAGUGAAUGUUGUAAAAACAUACAUGCAGUCAUCUGUUGGAGGAAGUUUCCCGGGGUUCAUCAAAUCUUUCAAGCAUGUAUUCAACGAAAGGGACAGGAGUGUCAAAAAUAUGUUCAAAGGUUUUCAUGUUAAUUAUUCAAGAUCGCUGUUGUCCUGGGGUCUUAUAAAUGCCUCCUAUGAGUUAUUAAAGAGUGCUUUGUACACAUGCAGAUGA